UUUGGGUCCCAUUUGUGGAUGAAGUUAGCAACUGACAUCGGUACUGCUGACGAUGAUGGUAGGUGAGAGAGAGAGGGGGAGCUAAGGAAAAGUUGAAGGGACCUUUCAUUGCAACACUUGUGCGAUAAUCUCAAAACAACGCCGAAGAUAGAGAGAUCGUGCCCGAGACUCGGGGCUAGAUGUUACUGCACAUCACUUCAUUCAAAGCUCUCAUGACAGUGGGACUAAACUCUUUUCACUCUCUGAGUCUGACAACUAUUCUUGAAAUCUAUGUGAGAUCAUUUACCCCCGUAUAGCAGGACUAGUGUAAGACCUAUUCAGUUUCUCAUCCGAGAUUCAGCUAGCAAUUUCCACGAGUUUCUCGGCAUCAAACGUGAUCCUAUAGCCUGUUGAGUCGUCAUUUACGGAUUUUAGCGCGCGAACGAUAUCUGUGCGAUCUUCUAAUUCACCCUGCGGCUUUCUUAUCGUGUGCUUAUUAAUUGGUGAUUACACACACGGGACGUAUACUACACCAUCAACAACGGACCUAGGAGGUUGGUUAUAAAGUGUCUCGAAUCGGGUAAAUUUGAUCUCGAAUUUAUCCGAUCUCACCUUAAAAGUCGGCUUUUUCUUGGGCUGGCUAUGGAUAUUACGAGUCAAUCGGCGGACCCGCUUUCUCCAAGGGCAAACGCAUUCAGCAUCGCAUCCCUUAUCUCACCCAGCGACAGGGAGGGUGACGAGGACGAGCUGACCGCCGGGACUGGCGGCGUGGUAUGUCAGGACAGUUCCGUCGCGUCUCUGCAGGCCUUGCAUGAGGCACAGAACGGGAACGGUGAUUGGGGAUUAAGAUACAACAACGACUAUCACAACAUGGAAGGAACAAACGAUUCAAGAACGAACGGUGACUAUGGCGACACGAACCACCUCGGCGCGGGAAACCUCAACAGACAGUCAGAUGUUACAAGCCCCAACCCCAAGCGGAAGAACUCGGUCAGCGACCGUUCGCAUACAGGCGAGUCGUCCCCUAUGACCUACGGCAGCGAUGGCAGUCCGAGUAGCGGGAGUGGAAUCGGGGGAGACGGCCGACGGGAGAGUUCGGGGGAGCAGGAAAUGCAGGCGCUGAAGAAGAGAAGGGAGGCGGAUGAGAAGCCGAUGAGUGCUAAAGUUGCUGGGGUCGAAGUGAGGUUGGAGAUGAAAGCACUAUGGGACGAGUUUCACUCCCUGGGCACAGAAAUGAUUGUCACAAAAGCCGGCAGACGGAUGUUUCCUACCUUUCAAGUGAAGAUCUCUGGGAUGGACCCUAUGGCCGAAUACAUCCUUAUGAUGGACUUUGUUCCGGUUGACGACAAGAGAUACCGUUAUGCUUUCCACAGCUCAAGUUGGCUAGUAGCUGGUAAAGCCGACCCGGAGAUGCCGGGUAGGAUACACGUUCACCCGGACUCCCCAGCCCGUGGUGCGAUGUGGAUGAAGCAAAUUGUAUCGUUUGACAAACUCAAGCUGACGAAUAAUCUUCUCGAUGAUAAUGGGCAUAUUAUCUUAAAUUCAAUGCAUCGCUAUCAACCUCGGUUCCACGUUGUUCAUGUAAGCGGACGAAAGGACUUUGAGAACGCACCGGAAAGAGAUUUCAAAUGUUUCAUCUUUCCAGAGACACAAUUCACUGCAGUCACAGCAUAUCAGAACCACAGAAUAACACAGCUGAAGAUUGCCAGCAAUCCCUUUGCGAAAGGCUUCAGAGAGUGCGAUCCUGAUGAUUGUUAUGGCCCGUGCCGAGAUCUGGGGGUGGCUACCUCCAACUACAAGAACAGUUGCCCCCGCAUCAUCGAGAUCCUGCCUCAUGGCAACGGUCCACGAGCCCGUAACCACCACCGUCCCAGCUCGCUACAAAUCGUGGGUAUCACAAGAAGUCGCCCAGUACAACAAAGAGCGCAACAUCCGAACGACAUAACAGACCCAGAGAAACAGCAACAAAUCACACCGUCCGUGGGUAAUGCCAACACCCCACCCAUCGCUUCCACCGACAACGUCGCCCCAUCCCUGGCCAACACCGGGGCCCUCAUCAACCCCAACACGACCGGUUUUCCCGACCUCGCAGCGCCUCCGUGCACGAUGACCAACGGCACGAUCACGGGCGAUAGCACCUACUCCAGCUACCCGACCACGGACAGUCAGUACAACUACGGUAGUUGUUAUUUCCGCCCCAACACGAGACCGACACCGUACGCGCGCGAUAUGACAACGUACAUGAGGGACUCUCGUUACUGCGCGAACGGCUUGACGUCGUACAUGGGUCGAACGAACGGCCAGUUCCCUUACGAUCCGUCCACGAUGACCAUGAUGGGCGGCAUCGACCCUAGGAGAAAUUACACACAGCCUAUGAUGUAGCGACGCCAUCUUGAAAAAACGUCGCAUGUUGAACUGUAUCCGUGGUCGCCAUUUUGAGCGUCAUGAGGGCCGCCAUUUUGGUUCCCGUGUUUCAAUGUCAGAAGCCAACAUUUGAAGCCGCCAAAGCCAACGAAGCGGCUUCGUUGCAUGUAGACCCUGAAAUCAAACCUUGGACGCCAUUUUGGAAAGGUGCUAUUUUGAAAGGGUGGCACUGUAGAUGCUUGUCCAAAUGGAGAACUGUACGGGCACUGUCUUCGUAGAGUUUAUGAUUUCGGAGAUCUAAGAAAAGGAAGCUGUUGUCAAGUUUUCAUGUAUAUAUCGCUUGCAGAGGGAAUUGUUUUUUUUAUAGUGCUUUCAUUGUGUACAGUUCCUGUUGGACCAGACCACCUGACUGUUUCUUAUUUUGAUAUGAUGACGUAUGUACAGAAGAUGACGUCAUAUCAAAUUGCUAGUACUGAUUACGUGACGCCAAAAUGCCAUCCAGAGUUCAUGUUUUCCCUCUUUUGGGACGAGACAUAAAAUGUCGCCGCAAGUGAAACGAAAAACAGUAAUGACUAUACGUGGGAAUAACUUGAUUGGACAACAUGAGUUAUUUUUGGUGAAACUGCUAAGAUGUAAAGAAUUUUAUACCAAGUAUUGUGAAGAAUUACGUUCUUGGCGAAGUGAUUUCUGUAAAUAUAGAGUUUAAUAAUGAUAAUAGGGAGGAUGAAACAGAACGGCUCGGCGGACCAUGGAGAUGGGAAUGAGAUGAAACGAUGAUGACAGAUAAUGGAUGGAAAAUGAGUGGCGAUAUUAACGACUUAUGGCCGGGAGUUGGGGAGAGGUGCAAGAUUUACGGACUGAAUCAAUGCUCAUGAAUGGCUCCAUCUGGAAACAAUUAUUUAGCACGAAUGAAGACAAUCAGAAAGAAAGUUAGAUUGGUAAAUACUAAUUAGUCAAAAGAGGAUAAAAAAGGAAAAGAACAGGAAAAAUGCCAAGUGUAUUUCCUUAAUUGUUGUGAUAAAAAAGCGUAUUGCUCUGUAACGUGGAAUAGGGAUGGUUAUGACAUCAGUAAUUGAAUAUUCAUUAUUGUGUAUGCCCUUUAUAAAAGACAAAUCUAUGCAUUGUUAUGAUUAUCACAUUGCCCCAGAAGACAUCGUGUUAGUACAAGCCUCCUCCUGUUUUGAUGAUGUAUUUCAUGUGUGGUUAAAUUUGUGAGCGUAAUUGAUUUUCUCAAAAGUGUCAUUUUCCUUUGUAGUCCUUGGUUUCUUUGCGAGUUUUUCGUUUUUAGAUUUGGAUCUCACUGUCAAAUUGGUAUUAAUUUCUUAUUUAAAAGACCGUAACUGUAUUCAACUUCGUGCUUCGCAUCGAUUUAAGAGCAAUUAUAGAACACAGUGAUUUUUUUAAUUAAAAAACAAAAUCAUCUGAUGAUCAACUCGAAGGUUAAUCACUACUUUCAUGUUUCAGCCAUUCAAAAGAUUAUUAAGAACAAUUAAAAGCGAGUGCAUGAAUAGAAAACUGAUUACAUGAUUAUGAAUACAAACAAGUGUGAACAUUUAUGGCCAUCGCUGCCUCAGGUAUAUCAUAGAAGGAUAAAAGUUAUACUAAUUAUUACAGUCUAUCGCAGUAAUAAUCGAUAUUCUACAACAAUAAUGUACUGCUAUAACAGUGUCCACCGACGCAGUUGCAAUCGCAUGAGAAAUGCAAGAGGUGCGAUAAAAGGUGUAGUGCAACUGAAAAAAAAUGUUUAGGAAAAUUGAAAGAGGUAAUGAAUAAAAAAGGAUUUCGUACAAAUUAUGAGAUCAUUAGUAAGAUAUCUUCAGUCGCCAAAAGUUGAAUUGUUAUGUUGAUAUGUGAUGACGACGAUUAUUCACAGCAUUAAAUGGCGCCAUUAUUAUUGCGGAGCUUUUAAAGGCGAAGGCAUAUUAAUGUUUAAUUUUUAUAUCGUAAAGUUUUCUUUAAUAUUCCCAAUUUAUGUGUUCUCUUACAUUUACCACCUUUGUCAGCAUUUCAAUAGGAAUACAUGUUCAUGUUUUGUUUCCAUCGAAUUGUGGAGUUGAUAAUGACCGCAUGGUCACCAUCUACAAAAUCUAGAAAGUCAAUGUGGGCUGUUCAAAUAUGGUC